GUUUCCGGGAAAAUCACUAGGAGCUGGGCAAAAAAAGAAAACGAGAGACAAUCAUCGUUCCGAAUUAGGAUCCAGCAAACCAUUUUUGUUAUGAUAUCUGUCAGCCAUGGCGACUCUCCGCUACACUGAUCUGAUCUAUGAUUCGAAGCUUCUCUGAGGAUUUCUCACCGAUCAUGCUCAAAUCGGUUCGCCAAAUUGAGGAAAUAGCUUGUUUGCGGCGACUAUAAUGUGAAGGAUCGAUAUGACAGGUAACGUAGAUUCCGGUAAAAUCACGACAGAGAAAGGCCCUAGGAAGCUCGUUUUCACCAAAUUGGAGUUAUCUCCCGUCUUCCUUGAGUCGCCUGUUAAAGAACUUCCUCCUUUUCCUCCGAUUUAUCGAGAGCAUUCAGAAACAAAGGAUACGACAGAUCAGGAAGGCAUUACUUCGAGGAAGCACAAAGGAUGUCGAUGCAAGCAGUCCAAAUGUUUAAAGUUGUACUGUGACUGUUUUGCAUCAGGAGUGUUAUGUACCAACUGUGAUUGUGCUGAUUGUCAUAACAACUCUGACAACUGUGAUGCCAGAGAUGCAGCUGUGGUGAAUGUACUAGGUCGCAACCCAAAUGCCUUCAAUGAAAAACUUUUCAGCAGCACAAAUUACAAGCAGUGUAAGGCUGCACCUGAUACUAGACCUGGACUGCUUUCGAGAGGCUGUAAAUGCAAAAGAACCAAGUGCUUGAAGAAGUACUGUGAAUGCUUUCAGGCUAAUGUUUUGUGCUCAGACAACUGUAAAUGCAUCAACUGCAAGAAUGUCUGGGGACUAAACAGUAGGAAGCUUGACGAAGGAUUUGAUAAUCCAGAGAAGAAGAUUGUCUGUGAGAACAUUGUCAAUGAUCUAGAAAUCAUUUCUCCUAGCGAAGACAGUGUCGGCUUUAACAGCCACAAUACUGCUGGUUGUAUGAAUUAUGCUCCUGGAUUUUCUGCUCACAACUCCCCACAGGUAUACCGGAGAAGAAGACACCGAGAGCUACCUGAGUGGAAUUCUUGUCCAGCUCCAUUAUUUUCGAUAACUGACAAUUCCAUUCAAAAUGCUCUGGGUUCCCCUAUGUCUAGCUCUCCUCAGCUUCCUUACAGGUGUGUUGUUCCAGACUUGGGAGAUAUAUGCUCACUUCUCUUAGCAGCAUCUGAAGCUGCUACAGCCAAUGCAGACCAGAACAGAAUAUGUAUAAAGCCUGAUGAUAAGGUAGACAACGUGUACACUGAGGUAGUGAGUGAGUCUGAAAGCGGUAAUGUGGAAGAAGAAAUACAAUCCUUUCGAAGAUUGAUCGAACUGAUAGAUGCUCAAUAUAAUGGAGAAGAGGAUUCCCAAUGUAAGACCAAGAGAAGUGUCCAUGAAACAGAUUUAUACAUGAAGCAGGAAAUGGCAGUUCUUGAAACUUUCAGAGACUGUCUCCAAGUGUUCAUCAAAUCGAGACUGGAUUCAUAAGAGGUAAUAAUUCCCUCUCAUUUUG